UUAAAUAAGUGGAAAUUACUCUAAACAACUAAUUAUCUUAUUGUUUUCCGAGGAAGUAUUUUUAAAAUAAAAGUAAAGCUGUGAAUCAUAAGAAACGGAGGGGAUUCGGUUCAGAGCGUAUCUGUAAAUUCUGCCAAUGAUGUGUGUUAUCAAGCUUAUCUAUUUUUGGAGUCUCAGAUCCUAGCAACGAUGGAGUACUAUGUGCUAAUGAAUUUACCUGGGGACUUGCUGAGGUUUUCAGAGCAAGCCAACACUGAUCUCCUGUUCCCCUCAUCAGCAGCAGGCAGUGACAGCACCGUCCCUAACACGUCUCCGACUGAUAAGCAAAGCUGCUGUUUGUCAAAGCCAAAGUAUGUCCUCUAUCAGAAAAAAAGCAUUGAGUACUUUUGGUAAUGGAAACGACUCUGUAUAAAAGUUUUUAAAAAAAACAUUCCCAGAGGCUUUAGCCAGGCCCCUGUUGCUGAAUCUUAUAUAUUCUUCGCCGGUGAUCGGUGGCGAGACAUGACAGGGUGACAACAGCAUUAGUAGCACUGCUCAAGUAAGCAGUGUGCAAAUCUGGAGGCAGAACACUUCUCGGCAGGAGUCUGAGAACUCGAAAGCUUCUCAAUUAGUUAUUCUGCACUGCUCUUUAAAUGAAAUGGUAAAUAACAUCUACAUACAUAAGAGAUUUAAGUAAUAUCUAUAACACAUGGCUCCAAAGUUAAGGAUUUUUUGCAUUCUUCCUACUCUGUUCACCUGUUUUGCCUCUUCACAUCAAACCGAGUCGAGCGCUUUGCUGUGCAUCGUGGAGCCCCAAGGACAUACUCUGCUUUCUGUUGCAAUCUACUGCUUGGGCUCCCUCUUCCUCGUUACCUACCGCUUACCUCUAGGUAAAUGUGAGCCCUUGGACGGACAACAGGAGAGACAAGACACUUCGCCUCUCAUUUGGUUAGGAGAGAUUCUUUUUUUGCACUAAUGCCAUUCUCCUUAGGCUGCGGAAAUGAAUUUCUCGCAUCUCUCCAAGGAGCACACUUUGAUCAGAAAACCUCUGUAUCAGGAGCCAGACCUUAAACAUAAAGGGAAGGUAAUAAGCGAAAUGGAUUUGGAAACUUACCUUUUUAAUGCAGUUCGAGGGGCAAAUUAUGCCAGCAGCACCAGAGUACCUCUCCCUGGUGACGUACCAGUCCUUCAGUCGAACAACCCCACACCACCCAAGCCAACUGCUCUCUCCUGGCACGCUGCGAUCGAUGCUGCUAGACAGGCCAAGGCUGCACAAACCAUGAGCACCAACACCACAGUACCUGUCGGAUCUCUAUCCCAAAGAAAACGGCAGCAAUAUGCCAAAAGCAAGAAACAGGGCAGCUCUGCUAACAGCAGACCACCCCGUGCCCUGUUCUGUUUAAAUCUCAACAACCCCAUCAGGAGAGCCUGCAUUAGCCUCGUAGAGUGGAAGCCAUUUGAUAUCUUUAUAUUACUCUCUAUUUUUGCCAACUGUGUGGCCUUAGCUGUUUACAUUCCCUUCCCCGAAGAUGACUCCAAUUCAACUAACCACGACCUGGAAACAGUAGAAUAUGCCUUCCUUAUCAUUUUUACAAUUGAAACAUUUUUGAAGAUUAUAGCAUAUGGAUUAGUGAUGCACCAGAAUGCGUAUGUGAGAAAUGGAUGGAACAUGUUGGAUUUUGUAAUCGUAGUGGUAGGGUUAUUUAGUGUUGUCUUGGAACUAUUAACCAAAGAGGGAGAUGCAAGCAGUCACCAGUCUGGUGGGAAGCCAGGUGGCUUUGAUGUUAAAGCCCUACGAGCCUUCCGAGUGCUGCGUCCUCUCCGACUUGUAUCGGGAGUGCCCAGUUUACAAGUAGUUUUGAAUUCCAUUAUAAAAGCCAUGGUCCCCCUUCUCCACAUCGCGCUGUUGGUUUUAUUUGUGAUCAUAAUCUAUGCUAUUAUAGGACUGGAGCUCUUUAUUGGAAAAAUGCACACAACAUGUUAUUUUGCUGGCACAGAUGUAAUAGCUGAAGAAGAACCAGCACCGUGUGCGAUCUCAGGGCAUGGGCGCCAGUGCCCCAUCAACGGUACUGUAUGCAAAGAAGGGUGGAACGGUCCGAAUGGCGGCAUCACCAACUUCGACAACUUUGCCUUUGCCAUGCUGACGGUGUUUCAGUGCAUCACUAUGGAAGGCUGGACCGAGGUAUUGUACUGGAUGAAUGAUGCCAUGGGCUUUGAGUUACCAUGGGUUUAUUUUGUCAGUCUCGUCAUCUUCGGAUCCUUUUUCGUUCUAAACCUUGUUCUUGGUGUGCUGAGCGGGGAGUUCUCGAAGGAGAGGGAGAAAGCCAAGGCCCGCGGAGAUUUCCAGAAACUGCGAGAGAAGCAGCAGCUGGAGGAGGACUUGAAGGGGUACUUGGACUGGAUCACCCAGGCCGAGGACAUCGACCCGGAGAACGAAGAAGACGGGGACGGGGAAGGCAAACGGAACCCAAGCAUGCCAACUAGCGAGACGGAGUCUGUAAAUACAGAGAACGCGAAUGGGGAAAUUGAGAAGGCGCCAUGCUGUGGAACACUGUGUCAAAAAAUUACAAAGUCAAAGUUCAGUCGGCGCUGGCGUCGCUGGAAUAGGUUUUGCCGCAGGAAAUGCAGAGCGGCAGUGAAAUCGGUCACAUUCUAUUGGCUCGUCAUCAUCCUGGUGUUUCUGAACACUCUCACCAUCUCCUCUGAACACUACAACCAGCCUAACUGGCUCACUCAAGUCCAAGACAUUGCAAACAAAGUUCUCCUGGCCCUGUUCACCUGUGAAAUGCUGGUUAAAAUGUACAGCCUGGGUCUUCAGGCGUACUUCGUCUCCCUCUUCAAUCGCUUCGACUGUUUUGUCGUGUGUGGUGGGAUUGUAGAAACAAUAUUGGUGGAGCUUGAAAUCAUGUCGCCGCUGGGAAUCUCGGUGUUUCGAUGUGUCCGCCUUUUAAGAAUCUUCAAAGUAACACGUCACUGGACGUCACUCAGUAACUUAGUGGCCUCCCUGCUGAACUCCAUGAAGUCCAUUGCCUCGCUGCUGCUCCUGCUCUUCCUCUUCAUCAUCAUCUUCUCCCUGCUGGGGAUGCAGCUCUUCGGGGGCAAGUUCAACUUUGACGAAACACAAACCAAACGGAGCACUUUUGACAACUUUCCCCAGUCUCUGCUCACAGUGUUCCAGAUUUUAACAGGUGAAGACUGGAAUGUUGUCAUGUAUGAUGGGAUAAUGGCGUAUGGUGGUCCAUCCUCCUCGGGAAUGAUAGUCUGCAUAUACUUCAUUAUCCUGUUUAUCUGUGGUAACUACAUCCUCCUGAAUGUCUUCUUGGCUAUCGCUGUGGACAACCUGGCAGACGCUGAGAGCCUGAAUACAGCUCAGCAAGAAGAGGCUGAGGAAAAGGAAAGGAAGAAAAGUGCCAGAACCGGGAGCUCAGACAAAAAGGAAGAAGAGACUUCUGAUGCCAAAGCACCUGAUGCAAAGGUGCCUGUGGAUGAGGAAGAAGAGGAAGAGAAAGAUCCUUACCCAGCUGAAGAUGCUCCAGGUGAGGAUGACGAGGAAGAGCCAGAGGUGCCCGCCGGGCCCCGGCCCCAGAGAAUCUCUGAGCUGAACAUGAAGGAGAAGAUCACCCCCAUUCCAGAGGGCAGCUCGUUCUUCAUCUUCAGCAGUACCAACCCAAUUCGAGUUGGAUGUCAUCGACUCAUUAACCACCAUAUUUUCACAAAUCUCAUCCUGGUCUUCAUAAUGCUUAGUAGUGUUUCUCUAGCAGCUGAGGAUCCCAUUCGCAACUUUUCAGCUCGAAACAUUGUCCUAGGCUAUGCAGAUUAUGUCUUCACUAGUAUGUUUACAUUUGAGAUCGUAUUGAAGAUGACAGCCUUUGGGGCUUUCCUUCACAAAGGGGCUUUCUGCAGAAAUUAUUUCAACUUGUUGGAUUUGCUGGUAGUGGGAGUUUCCCUGGUGUCCUUUGGGAUUCAGUCUUCUGCCAUCUCGGUCGUGAAGAUUCUGCGAGUGCUCCGCGUAUUGAGGCCCCUGCGAGCAAUCAACAGAGCCAAAGGCCUCAAGCACGUGGUCCAGUGUGUGUUUGUUGCCAUCAGAACCAUUGGUAACAUUAUGAUUGUCACAACGUUACUGCAGUUCAUGUUCGCUUGUAUAGGAGUACAACUAUUUAAGGGAAAGUUCUACCGUUGCACAGAUGAAGCAAAGUCCUCUCCAGAAGAAUGCAAGGGGACCUACAUUUUGUAUAAGGAUGGCGAUGUAAAUCACCCAAUGAUCCGUGAAAGGAUCUGGCAUAACAGUGAAUUUCACUUCGACAACGUCCUGACAGCCAUGAUGGCCCUCUUCACUGUCUCCACUUUUGAAGGCUGGCCGGCGUUGUUGUACAAAGCAAUAGACUCUAACGGAGAGAAUGUGGGGCCUAUAUACAAUUACCGUGUGGAGAUAUCGAUCUUCUUCAUCAUCUACAUCAUCAUCAUUGCCUUCUUCAUGAUGAACAUCUUCGUGGGUUUUGUCAUCGUCACAUUCCAGGAGCAGGGAGAAAAGGAGUAUAAGAACUGUGAACUGGACAAAAACCAGCGUCAGUGUGUGGAAUACGCUUUGAAGGCUCGUCCGCUUCGCAGAUACAUCCCUAAAAACCCUUACCAGUAUAAGUUCUGGUAUGUGGUGAACUCUACUGGAUUUGAGUACAUCAUGUUUGUCCUCAUCAUGCUCAACACACUGUGCUUGGCCAUGCAGCACUAUGGGCAGUCGCCUCUUUUUAAUUACGCCAUGGAUAUCCUCAAUAUGGUCUUCACAGGAGUCUUCACUGUGGAAAUGGUUUUGAAACUAAUAGCCUUUAAACCAAGGCACUAUUUUACUGAUGCAUGGAACACUUUCGAUGCCUUAAUUGUUGUUGGUAGCGUCGUUGAUAUUGCUAUCACAGAAGUAAACCCAACAGAAAGUCCCCCAGUUGGAGAGUCUGGGAACACCGAGGACAGUUCGCGGAUCUCCAUCACCUUCUUCCGCCUGUUCCGCGUGAUGCGGCUGGUCAAGUUGCUGAGCCGGGGGGAGGGCAUCCGGACCCUCUUGUGGACGUUUAUAAAGUCUUUUCAGGCUUUGCCAUAUGUCGCUCUUCUGAUUGCCAUGUUGUUUUUCAUCUAUGCUGUAAUCGGGAUGCAGAUUUUUGGGAAAAUCGCCAUGGUAGACAACACUCAGAUCAACAGAAAUAACAACUUCCAGACAUUUCCACAAGCAGUACUUUUGCUUUUCAGGUGUGCAACGGGCGAAGCUUGGCAAGAAAUCAUGCAGGCAUGUCUGCCAGGCAAACGCUGUGACCCUGAAUCCGACUAUAACCCCGGCGAGGAAUUUACAUGCGGCAGCAACUUUGCUUUUAUUUAUUUUAUUAGUUUUUACAUGCUGUGCGCCUUUUUGAUCAUUAACUUGUUUGUUGCUGUCAUCAUGGACAACUUUGACUAUUUGACACGUGACUGGUCCAUACUUGGGCCCCACCACCUGGACGAGUUUAAGAGGAUAUGGUCAGAAUAUGAUCCUGAAGCAAAGGGCAGAAUAAAACAUCUGGAUGUAGUCACUCUGCUGCGUCGCAUUCAGCCUCCGCUGGGCUUUGGCAAACUAUGUCCACAUAGAGUGGCUUGCAAGAGGUUAGUUGCCAUGAACAUGCCAUUAAACAGUGAUGGUACAGUCAUGUUCAAUGCCACCUUAUUUGCCUUGGUCCGAACGGCACUGAAGAUCAAAACUGAAGGUAACCUUGAGCAAGCCAAUGAGGAGCUGAGAGCUGUUAUCAAGAAGAUCUGGAAAAGAACCAGUAUGAAGCUGCUGGAUCAAGUUGUUCCUCCGGCUGGGGAUGAUGAGGUAACCGUGGGGAAGUUCUAUGCCACCUUCCUGAUACAGGACUACUUUAGGAAAUUCAAGAAACGCAAAGAACAAGGCCUAGUUGGAAAACAUCCUUCAAAGAACACUACCAUCGCUUUGCAGGCCGGACUCCGAACACUACAUGAUAUUGGGCCCGAAAUUCGCCGAGCAAUAUCAUGUGACCUGCAAGAUGAGGAGGUUGUAGAAGUUAAUCCUGACGAGGACGAGGAUAUUUAUAGGAGGAACGGUGGCCUCUUUGGCAAUCAUGUGAAUCACGUCAACGGUGAAAGUAGAAGCUCGGUUCAGCAGACUAACGCCACACAGCGCCCCCUGCAGAUCCAGACCCCUGCAAACCGCCCACCAGCAGACCACAGCAAAUAUAGCAGAACUGGAAACUCCCUGCCCCACAACCAUCGCAACCACAACUCGUUCUCGAAGUCACCAAAGUCCACCAAUGCCAAUCUCAACAAUGCCAAUGUGUCCACCAUGCCUAAUGGAAAGCACUCUGGGCACCGGUACUACGAUCAUGCCUCUGCUAAUGGAUACCCUGCCCAUGCUUCUUACUUCAAGGCAGAUGUGUAUGAGAAGCACAGGAAACCAAGCGUCAAAAGGACCCGCUACUAUGAAACCUAUAUUAGAUCAGACUCUGGAGAGGGGCCUUUCCCUACAAUUCGGAGAGAAGAUCCCUCAGGGAGCGAUUACUAUGAGGAGGAUCGUUACUCCGGGGAGUACUACAGCGGAGAGGAAUUUUAUGAAGAUGACAGCAUGCUUUCUGGAGACAGGAAGUCUUACAAUGAAUAUUAUGAUAGAUAUUAUACCAGUGACCUUGACUAUGAAACACCUAAAGGCUACCAUCACCCCUAUGGUUACUAUGACGAUGAUGAACAACCAAUCUAUCAUGAGUCUCGUAGGUCUCCAAAGAGGCGUCUGCUUCCUCCUACACCCCAAGCGAAUCGAAGACCUUCAUUCAAUUUUGAGUGUCUGCGAAGACAAAGCAGUCAGGAUGAUAUCCCACUGUCCCCUGCGUUCCACCAGCGCACAGCACUCCCACUCCAUCUGAUGCAGCACCAGGUGAUGGCUGUGGCAGGUCUGGACUCCAACAGGGCUCAGAGGCUCUCGCCAACACGUUCCACGCGCUCCUGGGCCACGCCCCCCGCCACGCCCACCAGCAAGGACCGCUCCCCCUAUUACACGCCCCUGAUCCGUGUGGACAGGCCCAAUGCUAGAGACAAUAUCAGCAGCAGUCAUUCAUCAGUGCACAGGAGCUCCUGGUACACCGACGACCCCGAUUACUCACACAGGAUGUACACACCAGCAAACUUAAAAGUCCCUGCUGAGUUCCGACACAAGUAUCAUGAAAAGAGAGGGAGUGCGACCAGCUUGGUUGAGGCGGUAUUAAUAUCGGAAGGACUGGGAAGGUAUGCGAAAGACCCAAAGUUUGUAUCUGCAACAAAGCACGAGAUUGCAGACGCUUGUGACAUGACUAUAGACGAAAUGGAAAGCGCUGCUAGCAAUCUUCUCAAUGGCAGUGUGAAUGGAGCCAAUGGAGAGAUGUUCCCCAUUUUAAGCAGAAGAGAUUACGAGCUCCAAGACUUUGCCACUGGCUACAGUGACGAAGAACCAGACUCUGGGAAAUACGAGGAGGAUUUAGCAGAUGAAAUGAUAUGCAUUACGACUUUAUAGCAUUGGCUAAAAGAAAACAGCAACGGCAACAAAAAUGCAUUUAUUGGGUUGUUAACAAAAGAAGUGCCUUUUUUCGUGAAACGGAAUAUUUAAGGCACUAGCUGGAUCAACGGGCAGUGACAGGUCUGAGAGCAGGGAAUGUGACAGCUGUUUGAAGCCAGAGAGAGCUUUGCACACAGGUGGUCAGCCUGAGAGUGGGAAGAACAGACAUCGUAAAAAAAACACCAAAAGGCUAAGACCUGCACCGAGAAGCAAACUCUGUUUUGCCAAGCAGGGACCUGUUUCCUCCCUAAGGAUCAAUGCAACCUUGUCCAUACCCUUUAAGUCAAGCCUGGGCACAAGAACCUAGGGAACAGCUUUCCUACUGGAGCAAUGCAAUUGCAUUGGUAACAGUUAAAGUACGUGCACUCCCAGCAGGAUAGGGUAUAACCGGUGAUGACAAUCAGAUACCAUAUAGUGUCAUUACCUCAGUUACUUUAUACUGCAUCAGCAUAUCAAGCAAAUAAGUUUCCACUGCAAAACAAACAUAUCCUCCGGAGGAGUGUAAGGUGAAUUUUAACUCAAUCUUGAAUCUAGUUCUCAGUUUCUUCUUUCGAAGCACUGGCAUUAGUUUUCCACCUCUAAAUAGCACCAGUUGACACAUAAAUAUCACUUUUACUUAUUGUAUUAUCAAACUAGAGAUAGUCUGUUUUACAUGGCUGUCACUAUAAGGCAACAUACACUGAAGACAGUUAAGGCAUUCAAGACAAUGCACUGCAGCCAGGUUAACUUUGAAUCUUAGAAUAGGUUCUUUAAUAUUUCAUAGUAGAUAAUACUGUACAUGAAUUGUAAUAUAAAAAAUACUUUGUAAAGAGAUGUUCUAUAUUUUGUAAUUAUGUACCGUAUUUGACAAACAAAGCAGCAAUAUGGUUCCUAAUUCUUGUUCUUAUAAAAUAGAUUGAUGUUAUUUUAUUAGGAACAUAGAGUAAUAUAUAAAUAUAUAUAGUAUAUUUGCCUUUUUUGAUCAGAUGUAUCCUCUUAACUUAUUUGCAAAAACAGAAGUUUUACGAAUAAGUUUGAAGUCAAUGUGAAUAUUGAAAUUUGCACAAGGUAUGCAGAAGCCACAGUGUUGUCUGGUAGAAGCACAGUUGCUUCAUUAAAAUGCUAAAAUAAUAUUCUUGAGCAGUCUCACCUCAAACGUGUGCAGUGCUCACUGGUAAAAAUCAAACAAAGGGUGAGAGGUGGUCAUGGGGUUAUGUCUCUUUUACUUUGGCUACUUUGUAUUCACAGUACAGGUUUGUUGAAAAUAAAGUAUAUGCUCUUUUUGCAUAUCUUGGUUGGUUUAACUCUUAAAAUGCUUCGUGCAUUAAUAAUGCUGCUUGAUUAAAGUGUAACACAGUUUAUAGGGUUUGAAAUGUUUGAUUGAAAUACCUUAAAAAUGUUGAUUUUUCAAAAACAGAUUUAAUCUUUAAAAUGUACAGUUAAGGUUCACUUAUAGUUAUCUGUAUAUACUGUACUCAUUUAAAUGCAAUUCAGUGUAACAUCUUGCAAGUCAACCUUUUGUAUAAAUUGUUAAUAGCAACCAAAGUGAGUUUUAUUUUUGUUAAUUUUAAUCUUUUUUUUCUAAAAAAAGAUCUUGAAGGGAACACUUCUUUUUAUUUCAAAGUUCACAAAGUAAAAAUUCUGAAUUUGGUUGAAAGCUUUAAUUUCUUCCUUUUUUCCUGGAGACAAUGUGCUCUUUACAGUUCCCUAUUAUACACAAACCUCCUAUAACUUUAUUGUACAAGUUAUUUGAGAUUUACUUUAUCCAAGAUUUAAUAUUGUGAAGAUUUGCAAGAGACAGCACACAAAGAGACACUUUCUAUACUAGUUUGCUGUUUUUCACAUCAGAUCUUUCAAACCCUGUAAGAUGAAGUAAAGAGUGGUAAAGCAAUAUUACCCACACUCUUUCCAUGUUACAAUGUUCUAAUAUACCUCUACAAGAGGUGGGGGAAAACAUAUCAGUGUUUUAACAGGUUAUUUUUAAAUGUGGCAUUUCUCACUCGUAAGGUAUUUUAGCUAUAGUUUUCCUACUGUGCAUCCCAGUGUAAUUUGAAAUCAAAAAGAAAAAAAAUCAAUACCUUUCAUUGUCAUUUUAAAAUGACACAUCCUAUUUUGAAAGAGAUGUUUCCAUGUAUUAAAAGAAAAGAAGAUUUGAUUUUUUGUACAUUAGAGUAUACUGUGCUUUCAGUUAACCAAACAUUGUAGUGUUAAAAAUGUAGAGUCAUAAAUGGAUGUGCAUACAGAAAGGGCUCUUUGAAUUGUUCUUCAAAAAAUGUGUUCUGGUCUUUUUUUUCUGAAAAUCUCUGAGGCUGCACUUUUUAUCUUGGAAGGACCUUUUCAAACCCAGGCACAUUGUACGUAGCAGUUUCUUGAUAUAAUAUGCAUUAUUUUUAAACACUUCUGUAAAUUAACUAAAGACUAGUCCAAGUUACUUUAACCUCAGGGAUUCCUGAAAAAAAAAUGAAAACAAGAAAAAAUGAAUUGGUUUUAAUCUAUACCAAUGGUAUUUAAAUAUUAGCACAUAGCUGUCUGUCUUUGCACAAGUAAAUGUGUAGUACACUUGUUUCUCAUUCAUUCUUUUAUAUGACUUUCAAACUUUUGUGUAACAAGGUGAGCUAAUUUGUAUUUUCCUGUGACUGUAUGUUCAGUAUAGUGAGAUCUAUAUUUGUAAUUUACAUGUCACCUUUUGAUGCUGGGAGUAAGAAAUAAAUCCAAGGUGCACUGGUCUUUAUUUCUGUAAUAAAACCAGUUUGCGGUUUAAAAAUAAAACAACAAAAAUCUUGAAAAGUAAUGUAUAACAGUUUACAAACAAUUUAAUCAUUUUUGAUCACAGUUGUUUUUUUAUUAAUGAUGUAUUUAAAUAUAUGGAAACAAAUGUAAAUUAUGUACAGAAAUGUAAGGCAAACUUAAAAGAUAUGUGGUAAUGUAUUCUACAUGAAAAAUUCCUGAUACAAUCUCUUUAAAGGUUUUAUUCAGUAAACAUAAUUUCUCACAGUAGCAGCUUACAUAGUUACCUUCUGUAUCUAGGUUUUGUAUCAAUCAGAAUCAUUUUUUUGUAUUUCUUUUCUUUUACUUAUGUCCUGGAUCAAGCUUACGAAUCAACACUGAAAUAAUUUUAUUUUCUAAUGACUACUGAAUAAACUACUAUGAACAAUCAAA